UUUCGAGCAGCUAUUAACAACAACCCCCCCCAAUUCUCAAUGGCAAGUCAAAUAGUCAGUAGCAACCCAUACCCCUGGCCUCACGAUAACUCCCUCUCCCCUCAAACCACCGCUCUGAUCAUAAUCGACAUGCAACGCGACUUCCUUUCCACGGGAGGAUACCUACAUUCCCAAGGCUACUCCGUCGCACGGUUCCAAGCUAUAGUCCCUCGCAUCCAAUCCCUCCUCUCCGCUUUCCGUGCUGUCGGAAUUCCCGUAUACCACACCCGUGAAGGCCACGCACCACAUAUGAGCACAGUCUCAUCGCGCGAGAGGCAUAGAUCAGGGGUAGAUGGUGCACAGAUAGGAUCACAAGGUCCGCUAGGACGACUUCUGAUUCGAGGCGAGAAGGGACACGAUGUUAUUCCGGAAUUGUAUCCGUUGCUGGAAGAACCUGUAAUUGAUAAGCCUUGUAGAGGAGCGUUCACGCACACCGAUUUGGAUAUUAUGCUGAGAUGUAGGGGGAUUAGAAAUUUGGUGAUUUGUGGGGUAACAGCUGAUGCUUGUGUGAAUAGCACUGUGAGAGAAGCGAGCGAUCGAGGGUUUGAUGUGCUGGUUGUUGAAGAUGGCGUGGAAAGUGUGAAUGAGGAAUUGAAGAGGUGGAGUUUGGAAGCAAUCAGGGUGGAAGGAGGGCUGUUUGGAGUGACGGAGAAAACAGCGGAAGUUAUUAGAGCAGUAGAGACUUGGAGUACAGAAGGGUGA